CAAAAAAUAAGAAGUAUAGCAGCAUUUGUACAAAAAUAUUCACUACUAUAAUCCCCUGUUUUCUAGCCAAAAUCAUUCGGGUUAAUUUUAGUUGAUUGGAAGUUUCAUUCCAUCAAUGGCUGCUUCUGGAUUUGAAGGAUUUGAGAAGAGACUUGAGAUACACUUCUCUGGCGAUGAUCCUGCGAUCGAAAUGGGAGGUCUCCGGCAACUAGAUUUUGAUUCCUUGGAGCAAGUACUACUUGCUGUGCAGUGCACAGUAGUGUCAGCUGUUUCGAAUCAAUAUUUUGAUUCUUACGUACUAUCAGAAUCAAGCCUCUUUGUAUAUCCUACCAAAAUAAUCAUCAAAACUUGUGGAACAACCCAGUUGUUGAAAUCAAUCCGUCCGUUCAUCCAUUUCGCGUGCCAAAUGGGACUUAUCAUAACAGAGUGUAGGUACACUCGAGGAAAUUACAUUUUCCCCAAAGCACAGCCGUAUCCACACACAAGUUUCAAAGAAGAAAUCUCUUAUUUGCAGGAUCAAUUGCCUAAUCAUCUUUGCUACAGAAAAGCCUCUGUUAUGCCAUCCAAAUUCACUUCACAUUCAUGGCAUGUUUUCUCUGCUUGUGAUAAGUUUUACCCGAUCCCAAUUCCCAACGAUCAGUAUACCGUGGAAAUUUGUAUGACGGAUCUCGACCUGGUACUUGCCCGGAAGUUUUUUAAGAAUCCGGAUACAACCGGAAAACAGAUGACGGAGGUGACUGGAAUCGGAGAAAUCAUUCCGAGUGCUUUGAUUUGUGAAUUUGCUUUUGAUCCUUGUGGAUACUCCAUGAAUGGGAUUGAUGGAGAUCGCUACUCUACGAUUCAUGUGACGCCGGAAGACGGUUUUAGUUACGCGAGCUAUGAGUGUGUGGGAUCAGUUUACGAUGAGGAUGACAUUGGUAGGAUUUUGAAGAAGGUUGUUCAGGUUUUCCGACCGGGGACAAUGUCAGUGUCCAUUUCGUGUUCGAGCAGCAGCAGCAGCGAGAUUUCUACCAGAAUUGUUAAAGCUGUCGAGCCACUGGGGAUGAAACGGCGGAAUUGCACCAUUGAUGAAUUCCCAGCAGCCGGAACUGUGGUGUUUCAAACUUUUACGUUGACGGCAAAUAGGUGAAUUGUAAUGCUUAAUAUAUCGAGUUUAAAUUCUGAAUUGGUAUAAUCUUUAAAGUGGUGUGAGCGAGGAAAAGGUUUGAAAAAAUAUAUGGUGGAAGUAAAAGACUACUAUUUUUACUUCUCUAAUUUAUUUAUAAUGUUAAUAAUCAUUUAGAGUUUAGAUUGAAAAAUUUAAGGUGAGUUGAUAUAUUAUGAUAAUGCAUAUAGAUAUACACCACUUAUGUUUCACUCCUAG